AUGUACUCCAUUGCAUGUCGAGCAGUUAGAAAUGCUACUGGUUCUUUAAUUUCAACUACACCAGGUACACCUCUAGAUAGCAACUGUCGAUAUUCCAUUACUUCUAGCAUCAUUAGCAGUAACAAUCAGCCGAUAUUGGGUAGUACCUCUACCCUUACACGGCUGUCUUCUGGUAAAUGUAACCUCGAGCGCAAGAAACGUGAUAAUACUCCUGUACCUAUGCUGACUUUGGAUUCAGAUGAAGACGAUGUGUUUUUGUGCACUGAUGAAGAUCCUUAUAAAGGGAUAUCUAAAGAUUAUUUGGACCAUGGUGACCAAGUGCUUACAUGUCAGGUUUGUAGUGCAAAGUUAUGGACAUCAGAAGGUGGAAAAGGUCGUUUAACUAUAAAUAAGCUAUGUUAUAGUAUGUGUUAUGGGUAUGGUAAAGUUCAGCUACCGCCUUUAAAGGAUGCACAUCCGUCUUAUCAAAAUUCGUUUUCUUCCUCAAAUGCAAAAAGCAAGUUCUUCCUGAAGAACAUAAGACGAUACAACUCUAUGUUCUCUUUUACAUCUAUGGGUGGAAAGGUUGAUUCUAAUAUCAACAAGGGCAAUGCUCCAUUUAUAUAUCGUAUCAGUGGCCAAAACUAUCAUUGCAUGGGGAGUCUCAAACCUCCAGAUGGAAAUGAAGCUAAGUUUUGUCAACUAUACAUACAUGAUACCGAAAAUGAAAUAACAAACAGACAGGCAUUAUUCAGCAAAGGAACCAAACCUUCAUCGCCUACUGAUAAAGAACUUAAUGUUGAAAUGAUAGAGUAUUUGAGGGCUUUAUUAGAUUCACAAAAUAUGUUGGUUAAGACAUAUAGGAUGGUCAGAGACCAUUUUCACCAAUCUCCAGAGGCCAACCUUAGUCUGCGACUUAUUUAUAGAAGAGAAAAAGACGGCAGGACAUAUAACUUACCCACCACAUCUGAAGUUGCUGCUUUGGUUGUCGGAGACAUAGAUAAAGCUAUAGACCAUCGUGAUAUUGUUGUCGAGACUCAGUCAGGAAUGCUGCAGCGUAUUAGCGAAUUACACCCAUUGUAUCUUGCUCAGCAAUAUCCGUUACUUUUCCCAUAUGGUGAUGAUGAUUAUAGAGUUGAUAUUCCUCAUAGAGAUUUUAUGUCAACACAAAAGAAAAUAAAACCAAAGUGCACAAUGAGAGAAUUUUUUUCAUAUAGGAUCCAAGAUAGAACUUAUGGAUUUUCCUUAAUUUUAAAUGGGCGAAGGUUGUUACAACAGUUUUUGGUUGAUGCGUACACAAUGAUUGAGAGCGAAAGACUAAAGUACAUCCGUAGGCAACAGGCGAACCAUCGCUCUGAAACAUUUGAGAAUCUUCAAAAGUAUAAAUCUAAAGGUAAGGAAGUUUUAACAGAUACUGGAAAGCCUGCUAUACUUCCUUCUUCAUUUAAUGGUGGUGCAAGAUUCAUGCAACAAAAUUACCUCGAUGCAAUGGACUUAUGUAAGUGGUAUGGGUACCCUGAUUUCUUUAUAACUAUAACGUGUAAUCCUAGGUGGCCUGAAGUAAAAAGAUUUCUAAAAGAUUCAACCAUCAAAGCCGAAGACAGGCCUGACAUAUUGUGUCGAUUGUUUAAAAUGAAGCUUGAUUCCUUACUCAAAGAUUUGAAGGAUUCUAAGUAUUUCGGUGAGAUUAACGCUGUUGUUUAUACAGUAGAAUUUCAAAAGUGUGGCCUUCCUCAUGCACAUAUAUGCUUAUUCAUGAAGGUCGAUCACAAACUUCCAACCAUAGAUCACAUAGAUCCAUUUAUUUCUGCUGAGAUUCCCGAUAAAAAAGAAGAUCCUGAACUUUAUUCACUUGUGACUGAUUAUAUGAUUCAUGGUCUGUGUGGGAAUGCUAAUUUGAAUUGUCCUUGCAUGGUUGAUAAAAGAUGUUCAAAAUACUUUCCGAAGAAAUUCACACCACAUACAACUGUUGAUUCAAGUGGUUUUCCUGUAUACAGAAGAAGAGAUUCAGGUCAUACAGUUAUAAAAUCUAGUGUUAGAUUAGACAACAGAAAUGUUGUUCCUUAUAACAAAAGGCUUUUGAAAAGAUAUCAAGCACACAUUAAUGUUGAAUGGUGUAAUCAAGCCGGUUCAGUGAAAUAUUUGUUCAAGUACAUUAACAAAGGCCCUGAUAUGGCUACUGUGGUAGUUUCUGGUGAUACAAAUUCAACCAUCAAGGAAAAGCCAAAAGACGAGAUCAAGGAGUAUUAUGAUUGUAGAUAUAUUUCAGCGUGUGAGGCAUCCUGGAGAAUAUUCUCUAAUGAGGUUCAUUAUAGGUAUCCUGCUGUUAUGAGGCUUCCCUUUCAUUUGCCGGGCCAACAGAAUGUUGUGUAUGGUGCGGAUGACGAUAUUGAUAAUAUUUUAAGCAAGCCUUCUGUUGCUUCUUCAAUAUUUGUGCAAUGGAUGAAGUUGAACGAGACAAAUGAUGAUGCUAGAAAGCUGACUUAUGUUGAGUUUCCUUCCAAAUUUGUUUGGAUACUUAAAGAUAGAUGUUGGCAGAUACGUAGAGUUAACGGUCAAUUAUUCCCGACUUUUAGAGAUGCUUGCUAUGCGAUGGGACUCUUAGAUGAUGACAAUGAAUACGUUGAGGCCAUUAAAGAAGCAAGUUUUGAAGGACAUGCUGGGUAUCUUCGAGCGUUAUUUGCUACCUUGCUUUUGUCAAAUACUCUUUCACGGCCAGAAUUUGUUUGGGAGAACACGUGGAAAUACUUAGCUGAUGAUAUUGUUUAUAGACGUCAAAAAGAAACAAAUAUUUCAGGUUUAGUGCUUCCUGAAUAUCAGAUUAAGAACCUUACUUUGUUGAAAAUUAAAAACUAUUUAAUUUCCAAUGGUUCAUCAUUACGAAGGUUUGUCACUAUGCCGUACCCUGAUGACGAUUCCUUACGUGAUGCUUCUAAUCGUAUGAUCAAUGAAGAGCUGUCACAUGACCUAGAUGAAGUACAAGCUGAGUUUAACAGGUUGCAUCAAUCUCUUACAGAAGAACAACGAGCGGUUUUUGACGAAAUAAUGGAAGUAGUUGUAGGGCGUAAAGGAGGCCUUUUUUUGUCUAUGGUUACGGUGGAACUGGAAAAACCUUUUUAUGGAAGACUUUGGCUUCAGCUGUUCGAUGUAGAAAUGGAAUAG